AUGUGGUCCAGGAUACGGCGGAUAGGCUCCGCUGCAGCGGGAGCUCUUUUAUUAGCAGGAGGCCUCCUCUCCCAGCCCACUCUCGCCGAUGUCGUCGAGGGCCAAGCUACCUUUGUCUCCGAAGACAAGGCCAUCGCCUUUGGCUUCACAGUCCCUGAUGUCACCGACGAUGACUUCUUCUUCUCCAUCCGAAUCCCCAAGGACUAUUCUUGGGGUGCCAUCGGCCUCGGCUCCGAAGAUAUGGACGGUGCCCUCGUGCUCAUGAUCUACAGAAACGAAGAAGGCAACAACGUCACCUUCAGCCCCCGCUACUCCCGCGGCGACUACGAACCAACCUACUACCCCCAAUUCGAAUACCUCACCCUCCCCGGCACCGGCAUAACCGACGACCACCUCGUCUUCUCCGCCCACUGCCUCUCGGGAUGCCGCUCCUGGCCCGGCGGCUACAUGGACAUCAACGACAACAACCAAAAGGGCAUCUACGCCCUCGGCCCCCGCGAGUCCCUUCGCUCCAACGACCCCGCCGCCCCGAUCAAGUACCACUCGCGCUACGGCUCCUUUGGCAUUCAGAUGGGCCAGACGCUAGGCCAUGCUGAUGCGCCUGAGCUGUCGGAUAAGUCGGAGAAUCAGUUUACGGAGCAGCAUGAGCAGAAGAGUGGGAAGUUUGAUGCCAAGUCUACGUUUCACGCUGUUGCUAUGAUUUUGGUGUUUAUUGUGUUGUUGCCCAUUGGCGUGUUUGUUUUGAGGGUUGCCAAUUCGGUUAAGGGACAUGCUGUUAUUCAGGGAAUUUCCCUCCUUGGCGCGCUUGGGGGACUUGGGUUGGGUGUUAUCACGAGUUUCCACUAUCAAAGGUCGCGGAAAUUCGUCUCGACCCACCAAGUCAUCGGCUUCAUCGUCAUUGCCGGCCUCAUCGGACAAUUUGUUAUCGGCGUCCUGCACCACCUCCGCUUCAAGAAACGCCAAGUCCCCGGCAAGCUACGACCCGUCCACCUCUGGCUUGGCCGCAUCGUCAUCCUCCUCGGCGCCGUCGACGCAUUCAUCGGCUUCCAAUUCGCACUCGCCAGCAUGCUCAACAUCAUCCUAGCAAUCCUCAUCCUCCUCCUAACAGCCACCGUCUCCCUCCUCACCUUCCACAAGGGUCUCCGCGCCCGCAUCUCCGGCCACCGCGCCUCCGCCGGCUCCGGCUUCGUCUUCCCCUCCUCCUCGGCCGCGGCUAAGGGCUACAACAACCCACCCGAACCCUGGCGUCGAGACCUCGAUGACGACGCCGUGCCAUAUCGUGAUUCCGUCACCGGCGGCGGCGAAGGCUCCGGGAAGCGCGGCGGCGGUGAACGCGGUAUUGAUCUCGGUAGGAGGGAGUAUUCGCCUUCGCCGCAGCAGAUUGGGUUGAUGGACGUUAAUGCUACGAGAGUGGCAAGGAAUCAGGAUCUGGGUCCUGAGCAGUCGACGAGGGAUUUUGUGUAA